AUGGCGGUUCAGGUGUAUGAGGCCUCGCGGAAUGGCCGCAGGUGCGUCGCUCAGGACGCAAAGAAACCGCUUCGCAUCUCCGCCAAUCUGUACGCCCGGAACAACAGCCUUCAGAGGAAGCACAACAACACUGUGCUGGAAUUUUGCGAGCCGGCGUUCCUCGCAGAGGCGCGGGACACGAUGCAAGUCCUGGACGUCGGCUGCGGAACCGGCGACUUCACGCGGGAUUUCCUGUUGCCGCGUUGCCUGCCCUGCGCAAGGCUAAUCGGCAUCGACUGCAGCGUCGACAUGAUCGAGCAUGCGCGUCGACACUCGGUCCACGAGAAGAUUGAGUACGAGGUGCUGGACAUAGGCGAAGACGUGAAUGAAUUUAUCGCUCGUCGCGGCCACUUCGACAGGGUUUACUCUUUCUACAGUCUUCAGUGGCUGAGGGACCAGGGUGCCGCUCUGAAGAACAUAGCUGCACUGAUGGCGCCAGCUGCGCAGUGCGUCCUCGUGUUUCCUGCUUCGCACCAACCUGCUACAGUGUGGAGCCUUCUCGCCCAGAUGGACCGCUGGGCAAAAUAUUCCGAGACGCUGCUGCAAUUUAUUGCGAAGAGCCAUCACAUGGAGAAGGCUGAACAGAUACUGUACAUGUCAUCGCUACUUCGUGAAGCCGGCCUCUGUCCAAACAUUUUUGUGCUAUCAAGGCUGGUGACAUUUGACGGAUGGUCGGAACAUGAAAUAGUCGGAGCGGAGAUGAGCCUCCUUCCCAUCAACCACCUAGUGUCUGACGACGAGAGGGCGCUGCUGCUCGAUGACGUCACGACGCUGGUUCGGAAAGUGCACGGACCGGAGACUGACCAGUCGAUCUUCCGGACGUACAUCAUCAUGGCCACCAAACGAAAGGGCUGA